UUCGCCCCUGCACGUCCCGUCGUCCCACUGCGCCUGCCGCAACGGGUGGCUGCCGAUACCCACCGUCGCCAGCUCCCGUCCGGAGUACAUAUCACUGUCUCGCGUCUGUCCCUCCUCUCUCCACCACAGCAUCCGUCAAUAAUCUCUCAAUCCGCCCACGCUCGUCUAUCCACCCCCUUCUGCAAGAUGCCGCCCGUUCUCUCCGUCCAUCGGAUCAUUGCAGUAGGCGUGGCCGUCUUCUUCGUCCUGCUGCUGUUGUUCUCCGCAUUCCACCAGGGCGUCACACCCAUACAAACGCUAAAGGACACUGCUAAUUCCGCCGCCGAACGAAUCUGCACGAGCGGGAGUGAUCAUGAUGCGCCCCUACUUGGAGAUGUUCCGUUUUCGCAAGGCAUACACAGUCUCUACAAGUCGAUCCGGCACUCCGUGACCGCGAAGACCUACCAGGACCCCACCGGCCGCCAGUUCACCCUCCCAGACAAGGAACCCGCCUGGACGAGUCCUCUGGGCUCCAAGAUUCUCAUCGUCGACAUGGACACGCGCAUCCCCACCGGCGACAAUGAGCUGUGGAACCCGACCACCAUGGACUACGCCUCCCUCGACGCCAGCAAAGGCGGCCAGAUGGUCUCCGCUGCCUUCAUGAACCACUUCUUGUACUCGCAAAUCCACGGCUACGACUACAAAUUCUUCGCCGCCAAGAGCCUCAAGGACCACCACGACACGUGGAUCAAGCCCCAUGUGCUCUACGACCUCCUACACUCGUACCAGUUCGUCGUCUUCAUUGACGCCGACGCUACUAUCCAGCAUCUUGAACUCCCGCUCGAGUGGCUGUUCAAUAAGUGGGGCAUUGGCCACGCAACCACCAUUGCCAUGCCCAUCGACACGGAGGAAGUCGUCAACGGUGACCAGCAUAUCAGCACCGACUCCAAGGGCAAGGUGGUGCUGAAUACUGGGUUUAUCGUCACGCAGGCGCUGCCGCUGGCCUUUGAGAUGCUGGAUGCGUGGAGGAAGUGUACGACAGGGGCAAGGUGGAAAGAUUGUAAGCAGUGGGCCACGCAGUGGAGCCACGAGCAGAGGGCAUUUAGCGAGUAUGUGCGCUAUGACUUCAAUCCGCACGGGAAUAUUGUGGAAAUCCCCUGUGACGACGCCAUGGGCUUCCCCGGCAUCGUAGAAAACAAUCCGCGCGUCAUAAGCAACUGCACCGGCCAAUUCGUCCGCCACCAGACCAUUGGCAAAGAGGCGACGAAGACGAAUGCAGGCAAUGCGCUCAUGCAGAGUAUGGCGGAGUUGAUGCAGAAGGCGCUGAUACAGGAGAAAGCGAGAUACUGGAUCGCUGAUGACAAGAUCAAUAUUGGGAGUUUCUUGAAAAUAUUUCAGAAGCGUGAUUGAGCAGAAGAAAUAGCGAAUGGGCAUAAUCUGGCGAUUUGGGAUGGGUUGGUAUGGCCUCUUCGGAUGCUUUCGCUUUACGGCGAGAGCCUGUUUCUACAUCAUAUUCUGUCCCCUUUUCGCGACCCCGACACAUUACGACGGGAGAGGCGAUUC